AUGUUUGGAAAUUGGAUAGUGCUCGUUGUGGGACUCAGCUGGAUGAUGCUGGUGGAAGCUUCCGUGCGCAUCACCAACUACACAGACGAGUGGGAUCCAAAGUAUUUGGAUGUAGACCUGCGUGUUCGCCGGCUGGAUAAAACGACCUCGAUCGACUUCGAUCUGGAUCUGAAGCAGGAGCUCGACAAGAACGUUGAGUACGAUGUGCGGUUGUGUAAGCGAACGGCAGGAAAAUAUCACCAGAUGAUGUACACCGGAAAGCAGCAACUAUGCGGCAAGGAUCUACGACGCUCGCGUAAUCUGCUGGAUCGGUACGUCGCUUCCGAGCUGGUGAAGCACUCGAACCUCACCACACGGUGCCCCAUCCGGACUGGGCACUAUGAGGUGCGCAAUUUUGAAAUCGACGAUCGUCAUCUGAUGAUGAGUGUGGUACCGUCCGGGGAGUUUCUGAUCGAGGUGGGUGUGUACCAUCGCGGGAAGGAGAUCAAAAUGAAUCGCUGGUUUGUUACGGCUACGUAA